UGCUCUACCCAUUGAGCCAGCCAGGUGCCCCUAAUUCUUGGUUUUCAUAGAAGUUAAGGGAUGAGGUUGAAUAGUAAAGAACUCAUUGAUUUUACAAGAAAUGACUUAAGAAAUGGGUGUAAAAUCGGUGCCUGAGGAUAAAAUAAAAAUGAAAAUUACAUUCCAUCCAUUUUUUUAUAUAGAGGAUAACCAUUAAAGAUUCUGCAGCAGAUUAUGUUACCUGGCACCUAGUGGAUGCCUGCCUUCUCGGUGAAUAACAGAGAAAGGGCCUCAUACCAUCACUCCCUUACUAUCAGCACCCACUAGUCUUCCACAGCCCAUCUCACGUGGGCCUCUAAACGGCACUUAAUUGGCCGGCUUCGCGCGUUGAGACUCGACGGGCGUGAUGCAGUUCCUCAUCCGCGGUGAACUGGCUGGGUGAUGCUAGCCAAUCAAGAAGCGUUUUUCCGCCGACUAUACCAUUUGCCCCAGGGUGCGGGACUGGCGCUGGGGCCGAGACGUCACGUACUCCAUGGUAACGACGCUCGGCCCAAAGAUGGCGGCCGAGUGGGGUGGAGGAGCAGGUUCUCCUGGUUCAGGCCCAUGCCCUAGCCAGUGGCGCUGGAGCAGUUCUUUAUGGGUCCGAAGCGUUCUGCUCUUGUUGGGCGGCUUCUGGGCAAGCGCCACAUCUAUUCCUGUCUCCUUGGACAGUUCCCCUCCCUGCCGGCACCACGUCCCCUCUGAGACUGAGGUCAUAAAUAAGGUUCAUCUUAAGGCAAAUCAUGUUGUAAAAAGAGAUGUUGAUGAACAUUUAAGAAUCAAGACUGUCUAUGAUAAAAGUAUUGAUGAGUUGCUCCCUGAGAAAAGAUACCUUGUAAAGAACAAACUUUUUCCACAAGCUAUUUCUUAUUUGGAGAAGACUUUUCAGGUUCGUAGACCUGCGGGCACUAUCUUACUUAGCAGACAACGUGCAACAAACCAACACCAGAAGGAAAGUGAUCCCCAUAGAUACUGUACUGGGGAAUUUGCAGAGCAUACAAAAUGCGGCCCAGUUAUAGUGCCUGAGGAACACCUCCAGAGAUGCAGGGUCUGCCGUGGGGGUAAGUGGUCCUGUUUAGCAGUAGGUGUGCAAGACCAAGAAGGCGUCCGGGAUGCAGACUUUGUUCUAUAUGUUGGUGCUCUGGCCACCGAGAGGUGCAGCCGUGAAAACAUCAUCUCUUAUGCAGCCUAUUGUCAGCAGGAAGCAAAAAUGGACAGGCCAAUAGCAGGAUAUGCUAACCUGUGUCCAAAUAUGAUCUCUACCCAGCCUCAGGAGUUUAUUGGGAUGCUGUCUACAGUAAAACAUGAGAUUAUUCAUGCCCUGGGUUUCUCUGCUGGCCUAUUUGCAUUCUACCAUGAUAAAGAUGGAAAUCCUCUAACUUCAAGAUUUGCAGAUGGUCUCCCACCUUUUAAUUAUAGUCUUGGAUUAUAUCAAUGGAGUGAUAAAGUAGUUCGAAAGGUGGAGAGAUUAUGGAAUGUUCGAGAUAAUAAGAUAGUUCCUCACACUGUGUAUCUUCUAGUAACACCUCGUGUUGUCGAUGAAGCGCGAAAACAUUUUAACUGUCCAAUUCUGGAGGGAAUGGAACUCGAAAAUCAAGGUGGCAUGGGCACUGAGCUCAACCAUUGGGAAAAGCGGUUAUUAGAGAAUGAAGCAAUGACUGGUUCUCACACCCAGAACCGAGUCUUCUCUCGAAUCACUCUGGCAUUAAUGGAGGACACUGGUUGGUAUAAGGCUAAUUACAGCAUGGCCGAAAAGUUAGACUGGGGCCGAGGAAUGGGCUGUGACUUUGUAAGAAAGAGCUGUAAGUUCUGGAUUGACCAGCAGAAACAAAAGAGGCAGAUGCUGAGCCCUUUCUGUGACACGCUUAGAAGUAACCCAUUGCAGUUAACUUGCCGACAGGACCAGAGAGCAGUUGCUGUGUGUAAUUUGCAGAAGUUUUCAAAACCUUUGCCUCAAGAGUACCAGUACUUCGACAAACUAAGUGGAAUACCUGCAGAAGACUUGCCUUAUUAUGGUGGUUCAGUAGAAAUUGCUGACUACUGCCCUUUCAGUCAGGAAUUCAGUUGGCAUUUAAGUGGUGAAUAUCAGCGCAGCUCAGAUUGUAGGAUAUUGGAAAAUCAACCAGACCUUUUUAAAAAUUAUGGUGCCGAAAAGUAUGGACCUCAUUCAGUUUGUCUAAUUCAGAAAUCCGCAUUUGUCAUGGAAAAGUGUGAGAGGAAGCUGAGUUACCCAGACUGGGGGAGUGGAUGUUAUCAGGUUUCUUGUUCUCCCCAAGGUCUGACAGUUUGGGUUCAGAACACUUCAUAUUUGUGUAGUCGGGCUGGGCAGGUCCUCCCCGUCAGUAUUCAGAUGAAUGGCUGGAUUCACGAUGGUAACCUGCUCUGCCCAUCAUGCUGGGACUUCUGUGAGCUCUGUCCUCCAGAAACAGAUCCUCCAGCUGCUAACCUGACCCGAGCUCUACCACUGGAUCUCUGUUCCCGUUCCUCUAGCCUGGUGGUCACCCUCUGGCUUCUGCUGGGCAAUCUAUUUCCUCUGCUGGCUGGAUUUCUUCUAUGUGUAUGGCACUAGGAAAAGUGAAUUCUCAAGACAUUCCUUUGUGUCAUGUUCUUCUGAACAAAGCACAAAAUCUGGGUGAGUGCCAACCUAUGCAGAUGGCAGAAGUGGCAUUCCUGACUUUGGCUUGGAAGCGUUGACUACAACAAGACCUUGAAGCAGAGCUUCACAGCAGUCACUCUUCAUCAGCAACCCAACAGCCUCAGAGUUUGGAGGAGGAGAAGGAAUUCCAAGUCACCAUGUCUCUAUUUUUCAGCAUAUAUAACCUGCCUGAAGUUUUCCUUUGAAAAUGGGAUAAUUGGUGAAAUUUUCAGAGUGAUUACAUACCUCAGCAUUUUCAUUAACCUAAAAUGAUGGGAAAGUUCAUCAAUACUGCAGUAACUUUUUUUAAAAAGCUAAUUAUUACAAAAUUAUAAAUUGUGGAUCCUGUCCUCACAAGUAUAAAUUGUCCUUUGAGGUAUAGACAGUAAUUGAAUUGGGUUUCUACAUCACUAUUAUACCUAUAUUGAGUUUAAUAGCUGUGCUUGGUACACUUAAAUCAUUGUUCUCAUUGUUCCCAAAAGUUUUUUUAAAUUAUAAUUUGCUAAAUCUUAUGAUUUAACCAUGCUUGCCUUUUCAAACCAGCUGUGUGGCAGUUUACUACUGAACUAUUACAUGUUGGUAGCCCUUCCAGUGUAUUCUCCAGUAAUUUAAUAAUGACUUGAAAAACUGUGGGAGCAGAGAGAGAAAAAUACUCUGCCCUGUAAAAACAUUGAAGACAUGCAAACAAACAGAAGAAAACAUAAUUGUAUGUUUUUCAGAAAAUAGUUAUGGCAGCUGUAAUCCAACAAAAAUAGAACUAUUCCUUUCAGGUGGGCUUAGAAAUUGUUAACAGAAGAAUUCUUACUAUCUGAAAAGUAUUUUAUAUAUAAGAAGAAAAAUGUAAGUCAAAACAGAUGGUUUGAAUUGUUUACUAAUAGCAAAGUGUAGGUUUGGUAUAGGGCCUAUUCAGUAGGGCUCACUUUACCCACAACAUAAAGCUCAGUCUGCAGAAGUCAGAAAAUUGCCUGUGCUUUGAAAUGAGGUGAUGUUCUUUACCUCCUGCUUUAUAUUCUCAUCCUCAGAAGUAAUUCUGCUCUGGUACUAGAGCUUAUCAACCCUUCUUAGUAAUUCCAGUUUGAAAUUUUUUAAUGAUGAGUAAUGUACAGUUUGUCUCCAAAGCUACUGAAGUCCUGCGGCAUUAUAAACAUAACUCCUGGACAAAUUCAUUCAUUCAUUCAUUCAUUCAUUCAUCCAUUCAUCCAUCCAUCCAUCCAUCUAUCCAUCCAUCCAUUCAUUCAUUCACCCUUAAUUUAGCUUAUAGUUAUUGAGCACUGCAUUUAAGAAGUGCUAAGUGAGCAAGCAGUAUAAUUACUAAAAAAUAAUUCCAACUGACCAUUUGGUAUUGGAGCCAAAGUGCAGCCCAGCAUAAAGAAAGUCAACUUUUGUUUUUCAACGCAUUAAUUUUGAAUAUGUAUUUGCAUACAGUUUUAAAUUGAAGGUAUUUGUCAUUGUAAAGUGCUGGGGGUCUCUAGCACAGCUGACUUCAGCUAAAAAGAAACUAAUAGUAAUGGUGUCAGGCCAGUGCUCAGUUUUCUGCCUUUGUCACACAUACUUUAAAGGUCAGAAAAAAGCAUAGAGUAUAUUUUUAAAGAAAAUUAUAAAACUCUAAACUUAUAUGUCUGUUGUGAUUAUGAAUCAUCUGCAUAGGUGUAUAAAGAAUUUCACCAAAAAUACGAUGACGAAUAGAUUUGAGAAUUCACAGUGGUAGGUUCGAUUAUAUUUUGACUGUUGUGCAGUAAUGCCAUUUAGGUAGUAUUCUUUCCAAGCAUGGUGCUUUUUAUACUUGAAAUAUAUUUUUGCUUUAUUUUUUAUUGAUAUAAUUAUAUUUGCACUAAUAACUUUCUGGAGAAAAUAUUAUAGAUGACAUUUUUUCUAUAUAUAUUUAUUAAGCUUGGAAUCUGAUCCCCUAGUGUUUUCUCUGCACAAAUAAGGAACUUGCUAAAGUGUGAGGCUAAAAAAUCUUGAGUUUCUGAGGGUAACUAACUGCUCUGGUGUCUUCCUUCCUCUUCAAUAAGUCUCGAGAAUAGUUGCUAAUCACUGAUUCUUCAUAGUGUACUCCAUGAAGAUUUAGAAGGCCACUGAACCUGUAAGAAGUGUUGAGAGGCUCAUUUGAGUCACUUAGAAUAUGUCAGUAUUCUAAAAACGGACUUAGAAUCUGAGAUUUCAGUGCAGAAUUAGUGGGCUAGACUUCUACUUUGAACUGAAGAAUUUGAAAUGGUUUAAAUGUUAGUAUCCUUUGGCAGGAUGCCCUUUAUGUUAACAGAAGCAGUUCACUGAGGAGGCGACUAGCAGACUGCAACUAUUGUGGGAGCCAGGUGGGGCACGGAAGGAGAAUGAAGAGUAGCUGAUUUGGGGAUAGUAGACUGGAGUCCUUUCUGACUCAAAACGUGUGGAGUGCAUAUAAAAACUGACUAGACUACCUCAGUUUUCAGUUCAGAUUUAGGUUCAUUUUGAUAGUAUUAAGAUCCUAAAUGUCAAAAAUAUCAAGUGAAUUUGUCUCUCAGGUUUUUAAGAACAGAAUUUACGGGAAGGCAGCAAAAGCCAUGUCAGCAGACUUGAGCUGACAGCUUUAAAGAAACUGGCAAGCAGUUAGGGUUGUCUUAAUAUAGACCCCUCUAAUAUUCUCCUGAAGAGCAUCCUUUUUCCUUACUUAUUUCUUAAGAAUAUUUAUGUUUGUUAAAACCAAAUAGGCAUUCUUCAAAUGUUAUGAAAUGUUAUGCUUGAAAUUAGUUUCAGCCUAGUAUGUUGGCUUAAGAGUUUAUCAAUAUUUGAAGAUGAGAAACAAAUUAAUGAAGUUUAAAUGGCUUAGGAAGAUACAUAAGUAUGUCUGAGUAUUCCAUAAAAUUUUAUCAAUAUUCUUCUCAAUAUUAGAAGACUUACUGAUUGAGACCAACUGUAAAAUGACUAGCUGCUUUCUCAGAAUCUUUCUAGCUCUAAUAUUCUAUGACUAACACUCAUCCAGACUCGGUAGGUCACUGCUGGCUCUGAUCUGCCUCCUGGAGUAUGCCAGUUUGCACAUCAUGUUCAUCACAGUGUCUUGUGCUCAAGGCCUUAGCGCUGUCCAUGUCCUUGGACACUGAACAGAGAGAGAAGGGCCAUCUCUGAGGGCACUUGAGCAGUCCUGGUGGAGGAGGUGGACUUCAGUCACAGCCCCGCAAACCCAGUGCAUAGUGAGCACUUAGUCAUCCAUGCCAUGUCCUUGCAGCCCAGGAAUAUAGUUUAAUAAAGUCUCUGCUACUCAUUCUGAAGAAAGAAUUUACCUGAAAAUAUGACUCCUUUUUUUUUUUUAUGUUCAGUCAAGAUUGGGGAAGAAGUGGUAAAUUAUUUUAUGUUUACACUUUUGAUAAAUGAAAUAGAAGAUUUAAGAACUAAUCUUUAUUUGUGUUAUUGAACUUUAAGUGUAAUGUAUUCCUUAGUAAAAAAAAAAAAAAAACUUUAAUAAAAAUGGAAACUAA